UUCGCUCAGAAGCGAAAAGUCCAGAACAAAAUGAGGACUUUCCACACACGUCCCAGCGGGUAAGUGUUCGAACCUGCAUAUAAGCCAGCAGCGAACGUUCCAGAUGGCGAGUGCCGUGAUUACCUGCUUUGAUUACUCCGGCCCUGUCAGCCCAGCGUCGAGCUAGAAGGGACUCGCGCGAGGGGGAAAGGCUGUUGGAGGCGGGCAGCUUACAGGAGUAGUACAGUAGGAGAUGCCCUUUCAGAGAGCACACUACAGCGAUUUUCUUCUACUUCUUCUGCUUCUUGUUCCUCUCCUCCUCCUCCUCCUCCUCCUCUCCUCCUCGCAGGUGGAGUGUCCUUUGUGGCGUGCCGAGAUCUGGAAUGUCGGCCACAUCGAUUUCGCGUGCCGUCAAUUUCCGUAAGGGCGGGGCAUAGGAGGGUAUCGCAGGAUUGGGAAAGUGUAUGGAUUGGAGAUGCUUUGACUUGUGCACCCCAGACGUCACUGGCUGAUUAUGAGUGGGAAUGAAUGUCCCGUAAUUGCCCUAGAGAGAGCAUGGCGAGAUCACAUUUCGAUCAGGAGCAUUAAUUUGCACGUGCGUGACCUCGCUCUGCGAAGGAGUCUAGAUGCGAAGGGCGUCGCGGCGUGAGUUUGACUAAUAACGGAGGUAUGGUACGAGUGAAGCUGCUCAAUGCAUUUAAGCAAUUUUGCACACGAUAUGGUAAUAUAUGUGGUAAUAUACAUAUACCUAGGGAUGCAUUGGACCUGGGG